CACUGAGGAGUGACGCAACCACGUUGUUGGCUGAAUGCGAUGGCGGACUGCUAUGUCCCCAGACCUUACCAGAGAUCGAAGGGAGAAAGUCAUUGAAUUUGCACCGGAACCGUUAUAUCGUAAUCAAACCACCUGUUAUAGGGCGGGAGGAUUCUGUUCCGCCAUCCCUCUUAAGAAUAGUAUGGGACAGAGUUUAUUUGGAGUACGUUAUUUUGGACAAGACACAGUGCGCUAGUGCAGGCUGCCGCAUGCGAGCCAGGAAGUUGACAGAUAUAGCAAAACUCGAGUCAACAGGGGACAGUCCUAAAAGGAAUUACGGAGGUUGAAGAUAUAGCUGCUCCGACAAAAUGAAAUUCGCGGAGCACCUUUCGUCUCAUAUUACUCCGGAAUGGAGGAAACAGUACCUUCAAUAUGAGGCGUUCAAGAAUAUGCUGUAUGCUGCCCAGGACCAGGCCCCAUCCAUAGAAGUCACAGAUGAAGACACUGUCAAGAGAUACUAUGCCAAGUUUGAGGAGAAGUUUUUCCAGAAUUGUGAGAAAGAGCUUUUGAAGAUCAACACAUUCUAUUCAGAGAAACUUGCUGAAGCACAGAGGCGUUUCGCCACCCUGCAGAAUGAGCUGCAAUCGUCUCUGGAUGCGCAGCGUGAGAGCAAUGCCCCAGGCCUCCGCAAACGCAAGACAGUGUUCCACCUGUCCCAGGAGGAACGCUGCAAACACCGUAACAUCAAGGACCUGCAGCUGGCCUUCUCCGAGUUCUACCUCAGCCUCAUCCUGCUGCAGAACUACCAAAAUCUGAACUUCACAGGUUUCCGUAAAAUCCUGAAGAAGCAUGAUAAGAUCCUGGAGACUCCCCGCGGGGCUGACUGGCGUGUGGCCCAUGUGGAGGUGGCCCCUUUCUACACCUGUAAGAAGAUCACCCAGCUCAUCUCUGAGACAGAGGCUCUGGUGACCACAGAGCUGGAGGGAGGGGACCGUCAGAAAGCCAUGAAGAGGCUGAGAGUGCCUCCAUUGGGGGCAGCACAGCCUGCUCUGGCCUGGACUACCUUCCGCGUUGGCCUCUACUGUGGGGUCUUCAUAGUCCUCGCUAUCUCCUUCCUCCUCACUGGUGCUGUACUCAUCCGGUAUGAGAACGUGUGGCCUCUGGUGCGUAUCUACCGCGGUGGCUUCCUGCUGAUUGAAUUCCUCUUCCUGUUGGGCAUUAACACCUACGGCUGGCGCCAGGCGGGGGUCAACCACGUGCUCAUCUUCGAGUUGAACCCUCGCAGCAACCUCUCCCACCAGCACCUGUUUGAGAUUGCCGGUUUCCUGGGGGUGCUGUGGUGUAUGAGCAUCCUGUCCUGUCUGUACUCUGAGUACACCAUGCUGCCCAUGCAGGUCAACCCUCUCAUCCUCUACGGCUUCAUGCUCCUCUUCCUCAUCAACCCCUUCAAGACUGGCUACUACAAGUCCCGCUUCUGGCUGCUCAAACUUCUGUUCCGCGUGUUCACGGCGCCGUUCCACCGCGUGGAGUUUGCAGACUUCUGGCUGGCCGACCAGCUCAACUCUCUGGUGAUUGUACUGAUGGACCUGGAGUAUCUCAUCUGCUUCUACAGCUUCGAGCUCAAAUGGAGCGACCGCAAAGGCCUCCUGCCCAUGUUCAACGGUAAUUACACGUGCCAUAGUUACUCCUACGGUCUCCGUGCCAUCAUCCAGUGUCUGCCCGCUUGGUUCCGUUUCGUACAGUGCCUCCGUCGGUACCGAGACACCAAGCGAGCUUUCCCUCACCUGGUCAACGCUGGCAAAUACUCCACCACUUUCUUUGUGGUCACCUUCGCCGCACUCUACAGCACCCACAAAGAACAAAAGCAUUCUGAUGCAGACAUGUUCUUCUACCUGCUGAUCGUGUUCUCAGCCGUCAGCUCCCUGUACACUCUGAUCUGGGACCUGAAGAUGGACUGGGGCCUAUUUGACCGUGGAGCAGGAGAGAACACCUUCCUCAGGGAGGAGAUCGUCUACCCGCAGAAAGCAUACUACUACUGUGCCAUCAUAGAGGACGUGAUCCUGCGUUUCGCCUGGACCAUCCAGAUCUCCCUCACCACCAUGACCAACAUCCCCUCUGUGGGAGACAUUGUGGGCACAGUGCUGGCUCCUCUAGAGGUGUUCAGGCGUUUUGUCUGGAACUUCUUCCGUCUGGAGAACGAGCAUCUGAAUAACUGUGGUGAGUUCCGUGCCGUGAGGGACAUCUCAGUGGCUCCGCUGAACGCUGACGACCAGACACUGCUGGAGCAGAUGAUGGACCAGGAGGACGGAGUCAGGAACCGCCAGGGCAAGAAGAGCUGGAAGCGCAGCUACAGCCUGUCUCUACGACGCCCUCUGAUGUCCUCUCAAUCAUCCAAGAAGGACACCAAGGUGUUGAUAGAAGAUACGGAUGAUGAGGCCUUCAGCUGAGCCCAGGGCACCAGCUCGACGCCCCCAGUGAUCUUAUCACUUCAUCACAGAGCUGCCUCACCACACACACACACACACACACACACACACACACACACACACACACACACACACACACACACACCAAUUAACUUACUCAAGCACAAUCUCAGUAUAUGAUAUUGGUAUAGAUGAGGUGGAAUUACACACACCCAGUUCUGAGUUGUUCAGACCAAGAGGGAUACACACAGGAUACACUCCACAUAUUGGAGAAAAAAAACACCCAGACCUGGGGUUUUCCAAUGAGUACUUUUAUUUUUAAACAGACUCUUUUAGUUUAUUUUCUUUAUGUUAAUACUUUUUAGUUUGUAUAUUUGUUUUUGUAGUUCUUUGCCAUUUUUAAAGAUGUAAUAAUAGAGAAUAAACAACUGUUUACAUGCAUUUAGUAUAUCAGGAUCAACAGGGAUAAGACAUAUUAAUGAAAAAGAGUAAUAAUAAUAACCAACCUGAGCAUGGACUCUGGAACAUUAACCACAGCAUAUCAACAACACCAACUGGUUUCAACCUGUUGCUUCUUUUUCUACUCUGCGUUUUGGGUUGGUUUUGUUUAUUGAGUUGUAAUAAUGAAGUCGGUGUAAAACCCUGGCGGCACUUGCAGGAAAAGUGCAUUUCAUACAAACAAACCAAAACAACUUGUUCAAAAAUAUCAUUUGAACAUAUUUGAGUCUGUUAAAGUUGCUUUGUAUAUUUGUUCAUGUGCGUUAUUUGGAUGUCAGAACUAUUAUGUACCCAAUGUAUUAUUUAGAAGAAUGACAAUAGCUUGAGCAUCUGUGCAAUGAUAUUGAUGUGUUUCUCAAUGGUGGGAAUGUUGUUAGACUUGUGCCAUGCUUUCUAGAAGCCUUUGUUGUCGAAGAGUACAAACUCUUCAGGUGGCUCAUUCUCCCUCUCAUACAAGCUUGGCCCACAGAUCAGGUAGUCAGCAACACCUUACAACGUCAAAGUUAUCUAAUUAGCUCAUGGCAAGUGCCCUUUCACGUGCAAAACUGUACUUUGCCUUUCUGCCAAACGUGUUAUUUUAAUGAAUGACGUUCGCUGGCGUAGCAUCAACCAUCUAGCUAGCCUGAGAAGAAUGGUCUGUUCUGUGCGGCGGUGGAGUUGAGAAGACCGAGUGAGCGUUUUUUCCAUUUCUCUGCCCUUUAGGAAAACUAUCACAUUCUCUUUUGAUCAGUCAACAACUGAAACGGCACUGUGACUGUUUUUCUAUUGCAGUGUUUUCUACUGAUUGUGUGGGGCACUUUGUGUCUGUUCUGUUGUUGUUUUGCUAUCAGCCUUCUCAGAACAGUGGCGAGAGUUCAGCUGACAGUGACCAGCAUUUCCACUGGGGUUCCUCUGACUGCGAUACUGCCCAAGUGGGUCAUGUGGAAUCUUCACAGGAUACUGUUGACAUCUGAAGAGGGCUUUUCCAUGGGAGGAAUGCCCUGGUUAAACAUGAGAUAAUCAUCUGUCAUGUCUGCUAGCCCGCUCACUAUCCAAAUAACAGUCCUCACCCUAAUCUCUGUCAUCUCUCUGAAAGAUCUCUGACUUUUACAACAUAGCUGCUGCAUCACCACUUUUGAAUAUAGAAUGCAUGCGUCAUGUACAGUAUCAUAGGCCCUGGGACUCUGCAUGUGUUAGAGUUUACUAGUGGUAGUGUUUGUCAGGCUUAUUGACUAGAACAGGGACCAAGUGAGUGAGUCGUAUCUCUGCUGUGUCAGGUGAUCUCUAAUCCUGGAAAGACCUUGCUGUGAAACAGUAGUUCUCAGAUCAGAUAGCCAUGAUUAAACGGGCCUGUCCUCCUUGGGUUGUAGACCUGCAGUAUUUACUGGGUUUUAAGGGUUAGCUCACAGUUUCAAGUCUCAGUGGCCAAACAUUCUGUUGAAGGUGAGGGUGAUUUCUGUUACCAGCUCAUUCUACAGUACAUGUCGGUUUGUCUUGCUUUUUUUUGGCAAUGCACUCAUCAACAAAGCUCAUGAUUUUGCUGUAAUGUUUGCUUUAAUGUACUUUUUAUAACUUUUAUAGUGAAUUUUGGUUUUUCCUAGAAAAAUAACACCAUGGAAAUUGUACAACUGUUAGCGCUCUUUUUGUUUGUCUAUUUUGUCACAUGCAUGCUAUACUUGUAGACAAAUAUUAUUUGCGAGCACAAUCUUUAUCGGCUGUAACGUUGAAAGUGGGUAAGCCCCUUUUUGUGGGCUUUCUGGCUUUUCAAAGGAAGGAUAAGUGUAUGUCACUGCCUGUUUCUCUCCUCUCCCAGUGUGUGACAUCCUGUCUCUCUCACUCUGUGGCUAAGCUGUUUACAUGAUGCAGUAGCCAUGAGGUGAUCAGCAUGAGCUUGUCUUUAUUAUUUAGACUGUUGACGUGUCUAAUGAUAAAUUACGGUUGGGGACCCAGCACAAAAUCUUUGUGUAAAUUGAAAAGUUCAUAGGCUACAAAAUGUGUUGCAAAUGCUUAAAAGUGCCAUCAACAACCAGAAUGACAUACAAUGGCUUGUGCCUUUGAGAUAUAUUUCUUAUAUUGUGGUGAGGAUUGUAGUCAGAAAGACAUAUGGCAGUUAGGGCUUGCCAUGGCGUCUGGUACGUCAUUAAAACCACUAUCACAAAACACACAAUUUAAUUCAAUUUAUCCAACUACGGAGUGCGUCCUCUUGGUUGGAAGUAUAGUUGCUCCCACUUUGUUCCCAUACUCACUAUAACUACAGAACAGGCCAGUCAACCAGUCUUUCCACCAA